GAGUGGGCAAAGCCAGGGGUUUGGGUUGGGGCCUUGUGCGUGUUCUUCUUCUUCUUCGUCGUCGUCUUCUUAUCCAACUCCUCCACCUUUUCCUUCUCUUUCUUCUUUCUGUCUCUCUUUACACGGGCAAAGAGUGUCACCAAGACAUCAUAUCAAAUGCAAGUUUAGCAACUGGUGCUGCAAUCUGCCUCGACUAUGUACCCCUCGCAAUGUUCGGGUGAAAUAGUUCGAUUGUGCUGUCUCCUCUUCGCUCUCUUGCUGCUCUCAAGCCCUUUGGAGUCUGCUUCUAUCCGAGGUUCGAGGUCUCAGUCAAAGAGAGUCUCUUUGAGGAGACGCCAGACCAACAGCGGACAGUCGAAAGAGCCUCAGGACGAUGUCCCAUUGGCAUCCGGGUCAUUAUCUGCCAUACCCGUUAUCCCCCUUCCACUGGGGGAUGGAGAAAUCCUGGGACCUGACUUCUAUAGGAAGUAUUUCCCCAAGGAUACCCUGAAUGGUGCCUCAAACUUGAGGCCCAUUCAAGUAAGGGUCGUUGAACAUGAGGACUUCAUUGACUACGAACUGGAUUUCGUCGAGGACGGAGAAGACGAGAAAGAGCGAUCUGGAUCAUCUGGGUCAGACUUUGAGGUCAACCUCGACGUAGACUCGCGUACCAUUCGACCUCCAACAACGAUCUCUUUCACCCCCGAUGGAUCCGUGGUCACCUUUGCCAACUUGUUGGAACGAGCUCGAGAGCGUCAGCGUCAAGCUGCACCUUCAACCACACCCACACCUGAAAUCAAUACCACGCCUUUGACACCGGUUCCCACGAGAAGGGCUCCCGUGUUUUCUCGGUGGGCGACCCGGAAGUUCUCGAAUGAGAUUUAUCAACGUCGAGUCUCAAGGCCCACAGUAAGGCCCAAACCAGUUCGGCUUUUACCCACGCAACCCUUUAUUCCAAGGAGGAGGGUUCCCAUAACUAUUCAGCGGCAAGCUCAAUAUUGGGAACAAUCAACAACCAUCUCUCCAUUCACAUCCUCCUUGGAGGCAACUUCGAUUGCAUCAACACUAACGACGCCUACGACCACCACUCCUACUACAUGGACAACCACCACCACUACAACAACGGCACCACCCACCACCACAACAACAACAACAACUACUACUACUACCACCACCACCACGACAACAACAACAACAACCACAACCACCACAACAACAACUACCACCACCACCACGAAAACAACAACGACCACCGCCACUACUACAACGACGAAGUCAUCGUCAACAACAACAACAACAACAACAACAACAACUACUACUACUACUACUACUACUACUACUACAACUACUACAAUAACAACAACUACUACUAAACCACCACAGCCAACAACAACCGCAUCAACAGCAACAAUGCCGCCUAUUACAACUUCAAUUGGAAUUGAUAAUCUCCCAACCCAGUGGCCCCCGUUGGUAACGACUCAAAAUCCCAGACUGGUUUACACCAAUGUUAAUACAGCAUCAGCCAUGGUCGUCACAAGGAAUGUGACUUCGACGCGUGUAGUGACAGCAGAGAGCGGAAAUGGGGUGACCCCGCAAAUUUUGCAGCCCAUAGCGUUGCCACUCGUUUCUGAGAUUACAACCCCCGAACCCUUGGGGAAGAGCCUUUUCUCAAUUAACAUUCCCGGUGCUCCCAAGGAGCCAGCCGAAGACUUCGAGGCCACCACCGAGAUCAACACAGACAUCGACGAUACCACUUUAUUCCAAGGAAUGUAUCUGAAUCAAAACCGUGUACCUCGAAUCAUUGAUAAUCCGGCUGAGUGGAGCCCGGAGAAAAUUGCUGAAGUGCAAGCUGGGCAAUAUCAUGAAGUGCACCCGGGGCAAUAUCACGAAUACCAACCUGGGCAGUACAACGAAGUGAAUCCCGGCCAAUACCAUGAGGUUCAUCCCGGCCAAUAUCACGAGGUCACACCUGGUCAAUAUCAUGAGGUUCAUCCCGGUCAGUAUUCGGGCGAAGACCUGAAAGUGGAAGUGGAAGUGGAAAGAAACGGAGACACUCGAACCUAUAACGUUCAAUCUAAAGUUGACGAGUUUAUUAUUGGUGAAUACGGAACAAUCAGUGGGGGACAGACCUUGCAAGGGGUUCGCUACACGGCAGUGGACGACAGUUCUAUUGACCCGCAACUUAUUCAUGACACACUGGUCAAUUUUUUCAAGUUCUCUUGAAGUGCUUCUGCUCAUAAACGAACAACGAUAAUUGUCAUGACUCCAUUGUCUCUACGUUCUUCUCGCUUAUUUAUUGUUGACGCUAAAAGCAGCUAUGGUGAUACUCGAAUGCCUAACUCCGAGAAUAAAAAUAAUUUUGUUUGUCUGAGGGAA